AUGGAUGGUUUGUCGUUGCCGUUUGGGUUAGUGGAAGAGAUACUUUACAGAACUCCGGUGGAAUCUUUGGUCCGAUUCAAAGCGACGUGCAAGGGAUGGAACGCUCUCAUCAGCAGCGACACAAGAUUCAUGCACAAUCACUUGGAUCGUCACUCUUCUGAACGAUUCAUAAGAAUCGAUGAUGAUCGUGCGGUUCAAUUCAUGGAUCCGGUGACCGGAAUCCACUCAGAAACACCAAUCCCAGACGAGUUUCAUCAUCCGUUUCCGGUUUCUUGCAUGGUUCAUUGUGAUGGACUAAUGCUGUGUAGAUGUGAAGAUUGGGAAAACCUAGAAAACGUCCGUCUGGCUGUUUGGAAUCCGCUCUUGAGGAAAAUCAAAUUGAUCCAACCAUUGGUUUGUUACUGGAAACGUGAUUGUUUCGGGAUUGGAUACGACAAGGCAUCUCGUGAUAACUACAAAGUCUUGAGGUUUGGUUAUAAUCUGUGCCUUCCUCGUGGUGAAUCAUAUCGAGAUUAUGAGAUAUAUGAAUUCAAGUCUGAUUCAUGGAGAGGUAUUGAGGCUAAGUUUGAUGCGGAUGUACUUAUGGAGUGGGAAUGUGUGUCUGUGAAGGGCAACAUGUAUUGGAUUGCUGCAACGGAGGAACGUUAUAUCAUUCUAUGUUUUGACUUCUCAUUGGAAACAUUCAAAGAGAUAUGCGCUUGUCCUCCCUUUUGGAAGAGCAGUAAACGAUUAGAAUGUUACAGUGGAGAUCGACUCUCUUUCUUAACACAAGAUGGAAAAAAAUCAAGGAACAUUAUGGUGUGGGUAACAGACAAGUUGAGUGAUGAGGUCGUUUUGUUUACCAAUUAUUUCAAUGUCACUACUACCCCCUACCUUCCGCGGUUACAGUUCCAUACUCGUCCGGGAUACUUCAUCGGCAAGCACGGAUAUAUCAUGGCAUGGUGUGAGCGUGAGGGAGUUGUACAAGGAGAUGAUAAGUUGUAUUCUUUCUUCACUCUUUACGAAAUUGGUCAUGAAGGUCGUGUCAGAAAGGAGAUUGUGACAGGAACACGUGGACUCGAUGACUUCAGUGGCCUGUCAAUUUGUAGCUGUGUUUAUCUUCCAAGUCUGAUUCCAGUUCCGGAAUAA